AUGCUGGUCUUUCGAGCUUCAGUGCCUAGGCAAAGCCAUGUCGGCCGGUUACCAGGGCGGUCUUGUUUCGCUGGGAUUGUGAGCUUCCGAAGGUCAAUACACACACCUCCGGUGCAAUCGAAGCAUCGGUCUCCUAUCAAGGAUAUCAGAAAUAUUGGGAUCAUUGCCCAUGUCGAUGCUGGCAAAACCACAACGACUGAGCGCAUGCUGUAUUAUAGCGGCGUGACUCGCCGAGUUGGAGACGUCGAUGCAGGAAACACAGUGACUGACUUCCUCGACCUGGAGCGGGAACGAGGUAUCACAAUUCAGUCAGCAGCCAUCACUUUUAACUGGCCCCUUCACGAGGAAUGCGCCCCAGGCACAACCCCCAAAACGAUUAAUCUUAUCGACACACCGGGUCAUCAAGACUUCAGAUUUGAGGUCGACAGGUGUCUGCCUGUUCUUGACGGUGCUGUAUGUAUCAUCGACUCAGUGAAAGGCGUAGAAGCUCAUACGGAGAGAGUGUGGGCUUCAGCACACGAUCACAAGAUCCCUCGCAUUGUCUUCGUCAAUAAGCUCGACCGAGACGGUGCUUCAUUUCGAAAAUCUGUGUUGGAGAUUGGGUCACGUCUGAACGGGUGGCCACUUGUAUGCCAAAUUCCAUGGUGGGAAGGAGACCAGUUUGUCGGUGUCAUCGACGUCAUUGACCGAGUCGGAUAUCGGUGGAAGGCAGAGAAGCAGAAGACGAAGUACGAGUUCGCGGAACUGCAAGAGGUGCUCAAGGGCAACUAUCUUCUCGAUGAAAUUGAGACAGCUCGCGAGCGGCUCAUUGAAGGCCUCGCUGAAUGUGAUGAGUCCAUUAUGGACCUGUUCGCAGACGAUCCAAACAAAAUCACAGGCAAGAUGUUGAAAGACAGCGUUCGAAGCGCCAUCCGCAGUGGCGACGGAAACGUUAUUCCCGUUCUAGCAGGUGCCAGCUUCCGGCACAUCGGUGUCGAGCCCCUGAUGGACGCCAUCGUUGACUACCUUCCCAGUCCUGACGAACGACCUGAUCUUGAGAUCCGUGCCGGCCCGGCAAAGCACAACCUCAUUACGCUACUCGGUCAGAACUCGAGCAAGAAGCCAGGUCAGCAGCGUGUAGCAGCAGUCGCCUCCGUCUUCAAGGUCUAUAAUCACCCCAAAGAGGGAAUCUUGAGCUUCGUGCGAGUCUACUUUGGCGAACUUCACAAGAACUCGUCCACCUGGAACACGCAUAAUCAGCAGGCAGAGCGUCCGUUCGGCUUGUUGCAGAUAUCCGCGGAGAAGACGGAAGAUGUGCAACACCUCGCCACUGGCCAGAUUGGCGCCAUCAAGGGUCUAAAGAAGGCUCGUACGGGCGACACGCUGCUUGCUACUAUCGCUCAGAAGCAGAUCCCGGAUGCCCUCAAGCAUAUCCAGAUCAGGCCCCCAGAAAUUCCUCCGCCAGUGGCUUUCCUCGCGAUUGACCCCCACGGGCCCACAGCUUCCAAGGAGCUAGAGAUCGCGCUCGAAAAUGCGUCACGAGAAGAUCCCAGCUUGAGAUGGAGCCGUGACGAGAAGACAGAACAAUUCAUCCUGCAGGGUAUGGGCAAACUCCACCUUGAUAUCGCCGUCUACAACCUCAAGCAGAACCCUAAGGUUCAGGCCGACUUCGGUCCUAUCGAGGUCGAUUACAAAGAGUGCAUCACGUCCUCAAUCGGACCGCAUCAUGUCACCUUUGACAGGGUCGUCGCGAGUAAGUCGGGCAAGGUAUCAUGUACAGCAACUCUGGAACCUCUGGAAGACCACCACCGCCAAGCCGCACUUGAGCCGACUGUCGAACGCGACGGGAACAUGAUUCACAUCAUCAUCGAUCUCCCCGAAGACGGCAACAUAGCCUUUGAUCCCGAGGAAGCCCGACAGCAACUCAUCAAUGGCGCCGUCGCAGCCGUGGCCCGCGGCCCGCGCCGCGGCUCCCCCGUCCAAGGUUGCCACAUCACCAUCACCGUUGACGCCGCAGCCGCCGAGAGCCCGUCCGGUGGACACUUCGCCGGCGCAGCAUCUCGAGCCGUGCGCGAAGCACUCCGCGAGGCGCACAUCACAAAGGGUGCCGUGGGCGUCCUCGAGCCCGUCAUGCUUCUACACAUCAGCUGUCCCGAGGCGGCCGCGGGCUUGGUGCAGCAUGACAUCAGCUCAGGAGCCGGUGGACACGUACUGGAGGUCAAUGAUAAGUCCGCCGAGUCGAGUUCGCACAUCGACGUCAGCAGUAUCUACGCGCCGCCAGAUCCGUACGAGAUCGUGGCUUCAUUGAGGGGGAAAAAGUCGUUGGCCAGGACGGUGGAAAUUGUAGCCAAGGUGCCGUUCAAGGAGGUCUUGAACUUUGACGAGCAGCUGAGAGGCAAGACUGGCGGAAGACACUCGAUGACGAUGGCGUUUGACAGUUUCGAUCGUGUUGUUGGCCAACGAGAGAAGGCAUUGUAA